AUGGAUAUCGAUGACAUUCUUCGCCAAGUCGACCCCACGUCUCACAGAAUCCCCAGCGAAACACGCGAUCUGCAAGCUUUGACGCGUCUCUGGGUUGCUGAGCGCUCAGCACCUGAGCUUCUCGAAUGGCCGACAGAUGGCUUGUUCGAGCGCGUCAAUGCACGCAUCAAAUCCCAGAUCGAAAAGGUUGAGGAUAUGACGGGUGAUAUGGAUCCAAAGACAAACUUUGCCCUCAUCGUUAUUCAGACUGAGCUCGAGAGGUACAAAUUCCUUGUUCGAAGUUUUCUUCGGGCUCGUAUAGCAAAGAUCGAUAAACACACUCUCCAUUACCUCUCAAUCCAAGAACUGAGAGAUAGGAUGUCUCCAACAGAAGCAGCCUAUGCGACAAGACAUCAGGCUCUCCUCCACAAUCACUAUCUCUCAUCCUUCCUCGGAUCUUUUCCGCAGCAGCUACAGAACCUCAACGACACUGCAGGCAACAUCAGCAUGAUCGAUUCACCAGAUCUAGAUAUGGCUGUCUUUGUCCGCAUGCUAAGAGACAAGGACGUCUAUGGUAAAGGAACUGACGGCGAUAUCACUCUCCCUGCCAAGAAUGGCGAUGUGCUCAUAUUACGAUGGUCAAGUGCAAAGCAUAUGGUUGAUGUUGGUGAUGCUGAACUUGUCUGA